AUGGCCCAUUACUUUGACGACAUGCUCCAGCGCGGCCUUGACCUCGGCACGCCCCGGUCCCCCAGCAUGCGCCGGAUCCGCCGCUCCUCGACGGCCCGGUCCAUCGGGGCCCGGAGCGACUUUGAGGCUUCUGCCAACGGGGUCGACGACGACGCGCACUCGGUGACCAACUCGGUCAUUCACGAUGAUUCCGAGAGGGCCAGGGAGAGGGAGGAGGCGGAUUCGCACCUGCAUCGGUAUAUUUCAGAUCAGUUGGAGAGAUACAAGGACGAGAGCGUCAACGGGGGCCACGCAGACGAGUACGAGACCAAGGCUUAG